UCAUAAGUAUAGUGUCUAGAACUAAUUGUCAUCUUGUUUAUUUGGAAUCUAGAAUAGUAGCAGUAAGAUGAUAAGUGAGUACAGUUAUUGAAACUUAUAUUCUCUGAUAUGACUAUUUUCGUUUACUUCCUUUACAUUUUGAACAACCUAGAUAUGGAAUCAAGUUAGGGAUUUAAUACAAUUAUUCAAUGUAAUUGUCUUCCUUAUCCUAACUCUAAUGCUCUUGAGCCCAUCUCCCAACACCCCUCGGAAGAAUGAUGUCUCGAGAUUAUAUGUUCAUCCAUUUCCCUAAUUUCUGGUUUUGAUGGCUUUGAUGAUGCAAUCGCUGUAUUUUUGACGUGUGAUAAUAAGUCUAGUCCUUGGCCUCUUAUGAAGGUUUGGCAAAUUGAACUCCGAUUUGCUGACUAAUGCAGGUUCUUCCCCCUCUGUGUGCAGAGCUUCGAAAUUUGGUAAUGCAGCCAGUGAUUCUACCUAUGGUUCUGACCAUAGCAGAGUCUCAGGAUAAAAACGAUUUUGAGGUAUCAACCUUACCAUCUCUUGUUCCAGUCCUGGACAAGGCCGCUGGUGAGACAUUACUGCUACUUGUGAAGCAUGCUGAGCUUAUUAUCAACAAGGCUAGUCAGGAGCACCUGGUUUCCCAUGUCCUGCCCAUGCUCGCUCGAGCUUAUGAUGAAACUGAUGCACGCUUGCAAGAGGAAGUUCUUAGAAAGACUCUUUCGCUUGCAAAGAAACUUGAUGUUCAGUUAGUGAAACAAGCAAUUUUGCCCCGUGUUCAUGGCCUGGCGCUUAAAACAACUGUUGCUGCGGUGAGAGUGAAUGCUCUAUUAUGUCUAGGUGAUAUGGUUCACAUGCUGGAUAAGCACGGUGUUUCAGAUAUCUUGCAAACGAUCCAACGAUGUACUGCUGUUGAUCAUUCUGCUCCAACUCUAAUGUGUACCCUUGGAGUAGCAACCUCAAUUUUGAAGCAGUUUGGAACUGAAUUUGUAGCAGAGCAUGUUCUUCCAAUACUGAUACCACUGCUAAUUACUCAGCAAUUAAAUGUUCAGCAGUUCGCUAAGUACAUGUUUUUUGUCAAGGAUGUGCUGAGAAAGAUAGAAGAAAAGCGAGGAGUAACUUUGACGGACUCUGGAAUUUCAGAGACACCACCACCUACAGGGGAUGGGCCUCUUCCUGGACUAGUUAAUAAACCACUUGCUACCUCAUCUAGUACGAAACACAGCCCAUCAUGGGAUGAAGAUUGGAUACCUUCCAGGGGAGCUUCAACCGCUCCCUUGUCUUCCUCUACAAUUUCAAAUGCUCAACCAGUCGUUCCAAGCCAGCAAGCUCAAACAUCUGGAUAUUCUCAGUCGUCUUUGACAUUGACUUCAGCUUCUCAACAACUGCCAUCUUCAUGUCCUGCAGUUGAUAUUGAGUGGCCACAUCGAUGUUCAUCAGGCAUUACGACUCAAUUAGGCGACCCUGGGAAGCUCAAUGAAAAUAAAGGUUAUUCAGAUGCAGGUUUUGAUGAUAUAGAUCCUUUUGCCAACUGGCCACCUCGACCUGGCACGACAACCCUUUCUGGAUCUUCAAUCAAUGGAAUGGCAGCACCAUUUGCCAACAAAUAUUCUUCAAGCAAUAAUGCAACCUCGACUGAUAGUUUGAGUUCGUGGGCAUUUGGCACUCAAAAUUCUGUUGAGCCAAUGAGACAGAUUCAUGGUAGUAGUACCUCAUCCACUAUCAGUGGACUCAGUGUGCAGAGUUCUUUCGGGUAUCUGAACCAAAAUCAUGGUGCUUCAACUCUUGGUUUGUCCGCCCAGAAAGCAGCGGAUCUUGGCUCAAUCUUUGCUUCUAACAAGAGUGAGCAAGCUGCACUAAGACUCGCUCCACCUCCAACAACUGCUGUUGGUAGAGGGAGAGGACGGGGAAGGGGAAUUCAAGGACAACUUGGGAGCACCUCAGCAUCACGGCCUAGUCAGGGGAAAUCUCUGCCUGAGCAGCCGCCUGUACUGGACUUGCUGUAGUUUAUGUGGUGACAACGUAAACGGUUUCCAGAUUUAAGUGCUAAGGUAAAAUACAGAUCAACAGUUGUGUAGUUCACUCGACUCUACUUCGUCCAUUGCAAUUGUUCGAGGUGAACAAGAGAAACAUAACACGUCGAUACAUUUAGGCUCCAUUUGAUUCUCAUUUUUAUCAAAAUUCAUUUUUCUCUCUUUGUUUUAACAACACAUUCUUCAUUAAAAUAAUGUUACACGGAAACCAAAAACUUUUCCUUAUUUUUCAUCCCCACAUUCUCCAUCAAUCUACUAUUUUUAAAAAUUCAUUUUUCCAUAAAAAUGGGUGUCAAACACCCUCUUAGUGCCUAAUUCAAGUUGUUCGCAGGUUGUAGCAUAAUAGUUUGUGAUUCUACUCGUCACAGAGUGCGGCUGCUUGUACUCUUUCUGGACAAAUUUUUGUUUUCUUUUUCCUUAAUGAUCGUAUUUAAUUUAUAAAUAGUUUGUCAAGGAAGUUCAUUGUAUUCUUCAUCCAUUGGUUCAGGAAAAGGUAAUACAAUUGAUGCUUUUGAAAUUUCUCUCAUAUUGAAUAUUUGUGUAAAGAAGAUGUUGAUUCUUGACUUGGUUGUUAAACUCAUCAGUUAAGUGAGUUGCAAUCAGUUGGAUCCUCAAAAAUUGUAACAGAAUUGCUGUUAUUAGUUGUAACAGAAUCAUAUAUACAUUGCUUGUAAAUCUCUUU